UGAAAUCUUUGCACCACUACUCGACUUUUUAAAAAAUGCUCCUUUAGAUCAAAUUACUAUCUCCAGAAUUUUUCAACAACAGUGGAACUCUUUUAAAAUUCAAACUGAAGAAGCGGACAUUGAAUGUCUUAAGAAUCUAUUAAGAAAAGUAGAAAAUGAAAAUAUUACCAAUGAUUGUAAAAUUCAUCUUAAGUUAUUGCAAGACGAUAACAAGGUAAAUUGUACCUCUAAUAAUAUUUUUAUUAUAUAUGAAAAUGAUGAAAACACACUGUCUCUAGACAUUAAUUUAUGCAGUGCGAUUGAUCGGAAAGAGCUUAUGUCAUUAGUAAAAGUGGGACUGUUACGUGGAAAAUUCGAAGAACAAAUCGAUUGGAAAAAAAUAGCUUCCAACAACAUAUCUAUCUUAAGAGAAGCAAUAAAAAAAGAAAAUACUCCGGCUCAUGACCAUCUUUUCAAGAAAAUAUCUGAAACAAAUGUUGAUGAUUUAACGCCUGAUGAUCCAUUGUGCAAUGGUACUGUCGACCUAAGCUCAGAUAAAUUUCAACUUUCAGAAAGUGACUAUGUUGCUCUCGUGAAAGAAAAGGCGUGCAUAAGAAUGUUAAGUAAAGAUAAUAAAAUAAAGAAUAUUUGUAGUGAUUUUGUUGCAAGAAGAAACGAAGUCCAAAAGUUGAAAAAGUUUGUACUAUUAUCAACGGAAACAGCAAAACAUAAUCAAUGGGUUGAGGAGGCUCAUGAAAGGGAACGUAUAGCGAAGAUUGUUACUGACGUUCUUUUACAGGAGAUAAGAUUUAACGCACUUCGUAAAAUUUCUAGAG